AUGCGCGCUCCUGAACUCAUCGCGCAAGGCGGGCAAGAGCUCGAAGCCAUCUCUGACGCCGUCGAUCAGGUGAACAAGCUGAAGGGAGAGAACGCGCCCAAAUGGGAUGCGCAGUCGCAGUUCGACGCGGAGAAGGACAAGACGCAGUUCCGCCAGUACGAGGAUGCCUGCUUGCGCGUGAAGAACUUCUACAAGGAGCAACACGAAAGGCAGACUGUGGAAUUCAACAUCAACGCCCGAGUGAACUUCCGUAAGGAGGUUCGGGCGCGCAUGGGGAUUUGGGAGGCCAUGGAGAAGCUCAAUACGCUCAUCGACGAUUCUGACCCGGAUACCGACUUGUCCCAGAUCGAACAUCUCCUUCAGACCGCCGAGGCCAUCCGACGCGACGGCAAGCCCGACUGGAUGCAGGUUGUUGGAUUGGUCCAUGACCUCGGCAAGUUGCUGUACUUCUUCGGGUCCGAAGGCCAGUGGGAUGUUGUUGGUGACACCUUCGUCGUCGGCUGUGCUUUCUCCGACAAAAUCAUCUACCCUGAGACGUUUGCCGGCAACCCCGACUUUAAGGAUCCCGUUUACUCCAGCGAGUACGGCGUGUACAAGCCCCACUGCGGCCUCGACAACGUCAUGAUCUCAUGGGGCCACGACGAGUACCUAUAUCACGUUCUGAAGGAUCAAAGCACCCUGCCCGAGGACGGGCUGCAUAUGAUCCGCUACCACAGCUUCUACCCGUGGCAUCGGGAAGGGGCGUAUCAGCACCUGUGCAACGAGGCAGACAAACGUGCCCUCGAUGCAGUCAAGGCCUUCAACCCGUACGACCUGUACAGCAAGAGCGACGAAGCUGUGGAUCCCGUCAAGCUCCGGCCGUACUACGAGGGCCUCAUCGCCAAGUUUUUCCCGGAAGUUAUCGAGUGGUGA